AUGCAACAAACACAAAUAUCUCGAAUAUCAUCAUCAUCCGAUAAAUUAAAUGAUUUAUCUUCAGAUCAAAUUUUAAUUCAUAAUAUGAAUCAAUCAAAUGAACAUACAUUACCUUUAAAUAAAUUACCAACAAUACAACAACGUACAAUUUAUACACAAACAACACAAAAUAUUGAAACAUUAUAUCCAUCAAAAUCUAUUCCAUCAUUUGCUGAAACACAAUUAUUAUCUAUUUAUUAUCCAUCAAAAAAUUCAAAAAAUGUCUCAACAAAUGAUAAAUGUAUUUUUUUUGAACAACAAAAUCGUCAACCAAUACGUUAUCGUACAACAUAUGAUCCAUUAUCAUUAACAAAAUCAACACAAACAUCACCAUUAUUAAUACCUUUAUCAACACAUAGUUCAACAUUAAUUAUUCAUGGAAAUAAUUCAAAUUAUAAACAACAUGUAAAAAUUCAUUCAGGUAAUCAAAAUUUAUCAAAUGAUUUUACUAAUGAUAAAUAUUUAUUACCAAAUCAACUUAUUGAAGAUUCAAAUUAUUCCUAUGAAGAAUAUGUUAUUAAUUAUGAUGAAAAACAAAAUGAACCAUUAUUAUCAUCAUCAUCAUCAUCAUCAUCUGUAGCUACAGUUAUUCCUCAAACUAAUGAAUUUCAAAUAUCUUCAAAUAAUCAACGUAUAUCUAGUUGGCCACCUGUUCCUGAUGAUAUUUUACCCAUUGAUAAUCAAUAUGAAAAUGAUAAAGAAAAACAUUUAUCACAUGUACAAUUUACUGAAAAUUUAAAUCAUAUGAUACCAAAUAUCAAUGAAAAAAAACAAUUAACUGAUAUUAAUUCUUAUCAUGUAACAGAACAAUUACAACAAUUUGAUUAUCAUCCAAUAAAUAAAUCAAAAUCAAUUGAAAUUCAUACAAAUAAAUCUGAUAAUCAAAUAAAUAUAACAACAAAUCAUGUUAAUACAUUACGAACAUUAUUUGAACAAGAAAAUAAAUCUUCAUCAAUAGUAACAAAUCCAAUAAAACAAAUACAAAAAAUUGAACCAAAAGAAAAUUUAUCAAAAUAUGGUACUGAAAUACGUUUUCAUACUAAAGAUUAUAAUACAUUAACAAUGCAUCAUGCUGAACCAGUUCAAAUUAUUCAACAAAGAAUAAAUUCUUCUAUGAGUAAUACCAAAGAUGAUCAAUUAAAACCACCAUUUAAACUUGAUCAAAUACGACAAAUUACUGGUAAAUCAAUAACAAAUCUUAAUGAUAUUGGACAUUAUUUACAGGAUGGUCAUACAUGGCAAUGGGAUGAAAUCUUUUGGUUAAGUUUAACUAAUUCUCAACGAGAUCAAUUAAAAGAUCUUGAAUAUCAAUUACAUACACAUCAAAAUGAUUCCAAAUGUUCAUCAUCAUCAUCAUCUACUAAUGAAACAAAACGAUUUAAAUCAACAAUAAAUAUAACUGGAACUGACACAUGGCAACAACAUAUACCACAAAGAUCAUCAUCAAAUAUAACAAAAUAUUCUGAAAUAAAUCCAUCGAUUAAUAUUAUAAAUUCAAUACCAAAUACAACUGAUUUAAAAAUUGAUUCUCAAACAUCAACUAAAAAAAAUGAUAAUCAAAUAACAAUUAUUGAAAAAUCAUAUACAAAUUCUAUUAAUACAAAUAAGACUAAUAUUGAUUCUUCUUAUGAACAAUCAUAUAUUGAUUCAUUAAGUUAUGAACAAUUUAUAUAUGAUUAUUUAUCAACAUAUGCAAAACAUAUAUGUUCAAAUAAUAAUACAUUAAUACUUAUUAUUGAUGAUCAAGAAAUACAUAUAUCACAUAUACAUUUACCAUCAUCAAAUAAUAAUUUUAUUUUAGCAAAAAAUAUUUAUUUUGAUUUUAUUGAUCAAGAUUUCUUACCAUAUGAAACUGAAUCAAAUCAAUUAGUUAUAUUUAUAUGUGGAGAAGCAAUUAUAUUAUCAAUUGAUCGAUGGUUAUUUUAUCAAAAAAAAUAUCAAAAUGCAUCAUGGAUACAUAAACUUAAAUGUGUCAAUCGACAGAUACCAACAAAAUUAAUACCAAUAAUUGAACAAUGGCUUUCUGAUCAUACAACAUUAUCAUUCGAUACAUAUAAACUCAAUGUUGAUGGUGUAAUUAUUCCACUUAAAGGUAAAUUAGGUUUACAUAUAAUAGAUUUAUAUAAAAUGCAACAAUUAGAAAAAAAUUAUUGGCAUGAAAUAUUUAAAUAUUUAAUUCGUAUUGGUUAUGUUUCAUAUAAUAUGAAUGAAAAACUUGUUCAUAUAGCUAAUAGUGAACUUGAUGUUCAACGUAUAUUAGUAUUACAAACAUAUCCAUCAAUAGAACUUAUUGAACGUGUAGCAAAUUAUCUUCGUACAUUAGAUAAUGUUUAUAUUGAAAAUAAUUCAUUAUAUUUAACUGAUAAUUUUAUUUUACCAUAUGAAUAUAUUUAUCAUCUUUUAAUUGAAUAUAAACAAGGUGAUAAUAUAAAUGCACAUGAAUUAGCUCGUGUAUUAUUAGAAAUAUGUCAUAUUGAUGAAAAUAAUAAUAAUAAUAAUAAUAAUCAAACAAUAAUUUUAACAUUUAAUAAACAAAUAUUAGAAAUAAAAUCUUCUGAAAAAUAUUUAAAUCAAAAUCAUAUUAAUAUUUUAAUUCAAUGGCUUAAUAAUUUAAAACAAAAAAAUUUAAUUGAAAUAACUAAACAAAAUGAUAUUAUUAUUUAUUUUAAUGAUCAAAAUAAUUAUAAACAAAAAUUAUUUAUUAAACAUGAACAUAUUAAUACAUAUAUGAAAAAAAAUAAUAAUAAUAAUCAACAAAUAGAUAUUAUUAAUAUAAAUGAUAUAGCUAAUAUAUUAUUUUUAUAUGAUUAUAUUCAAUAUUCAUCUGGUCAAUUUAUAUUUCCUAUGUUAAAUAUUAUAUUAGAUACAGAUGAAUUAAUUUGGUUACAAUCAAUUAUACAUUCUAUUCGAUCAAAUGAAUAUACACAACAAACUGAAAUUGAAUUAUUUAAUGGUCAAAAUACACAAAUUCUUCACAUACCAUAUAAAUAUAUGUUACCAACAACUGAUGUUAAAACUAUAGCUAAUUAUUUAUUUCAAAAUGGACAUAUUGAAUAUGAUGUUAAUACAAAAAAUUAUAUAUAUUAUUAUAUAUCAUUAGAUGAAAAUAAUCAUUUAAUAGAAGAACAAUUACUUUCAUCAAAUAUUCAACAUAUUCAUAUUGAUAAAAAUAAUCAACAUAUUGAACUUGAAUUUAUUCAUGAUCCAAAUCAUUAUCUUUUAUUACCUUCACAUUGGUAUCAACAAAUAUUAGAACAUCAAUUUAAUCGUUCGUAUAUCAUUGAUAUGUUACUAACAAAUGGUGGUACUUUUGAUCGAGAUAAUUUUAUCUUUAAUGGACAUACAUAUUCAUUAAAACCUUUAAAUAAUUUAACAUUAGAAUCAUCAUCAAAAGAAAAAGAAGAUCUUAUUGAUAAUUAUGUUGAAUAUAUAAAUGAUGAAGGUGAAAUAAAAUAUGAUAAUAAAAAUCAUAUAUUAAUAUUAGAAAAUUUAUCUGAUGGUUCAAAAUUAUAUUUAACACCUGAACAUACACAAUUUAUACAUAAAAAUCAAUAUAGACGAGAAGAUAUGAAAUUUAUAUUAAUAAAAUAUAGUCAAUUAAAACAAGAUGAAUUUCAUAAUUGGUUAUUAUAUUAUAAUAAACAAUGUAUACAAAUACCAUCAUUAAAAAUAAUAAUUAAAACACAUGAACAAUAUUCUAAUAAUCAUAAUAAAGAAAAUCAAACAGAAUUACUUAAACAAUAUCAUAAAAUAAUUGAUUAUAUGUAUAAUCAUAAUUUAAUAACAUAUAAUAAAAAUUUAAAAUUAUUUCAAAUAAAUUUUUCAAAUCAAAUAUUAACAAUACCAUUAAAUGAAUUACAAUCAAUAAUUAAUAUAAAAAAUUUUCAUUUAUUAAAUAAUGAAAUUUUACCAUUUAAUAGUUAUCAAUUAUCACAAUGGUUAUUAAAUAAUUCAAGUCAAAUAAAUUAUUAUCAUAAUAAUUCUAUUGAAAUAAUUUAUAAAAAUAAAUUUUAUUAUUUACCAUUAAUUUAUUUAAAACAACAAGAAAAUUUUAUUGAUUCAAAAUUAAAAUUAAUUUUUCCAUUUAAUAAAUCUUUACGUCUUAUACAAAAAACACCAUCAACAACAACAUUAGAUAUUGAACAACCUUCAAUAGAAAAUAAUUAUACUAUUGAUCCAUUAUUAAUACUUUCUAAUUAUAUACAUCGUACUAGUAGAAUAUAUCAAGAUGAAUUAGAUCGUUUAGUUAUUAAAAUAAAUCAUAAUGAAAUUGUUAUACCAUGUGUUGAUGCUAUUGAUUCAAUUGAAGCUAUAAAUACAUCACCACAACGUACUGGUAGUAUAAUUGCACGUUUAAUUAAUCGUAUUGGAAAAGUACAAUCAAAUGGUGCUGGAGGAAUAAUAAUAACAGUUGGAAAAAGUUCAUUUGAAUUAUCAAAAGAAACAAUUGAUAAUGGAAAUAAAGAAAAGUCAAUUUUACAAAAUCAAAAUUUAAUUGAAGAUCAUCAUCGAUCGAAUAGAUCUCCUAAUUUACCAUUAUUAAGACAUUCAAAAUCAGUUAAUAAUUUAUCAUCAUCGAUUAUAGGAGAACAUCCAUCGUUUAAUGAUGAUCAACAAAUGCUUUAUACAAAAGAUGGUCGUGGUGAUGCAAGAUAUUUAAAUUUAUCUUAUAUGGAUAAUUUAGAACAAGAUCAUACAAAUCUUCAAACAAGUUUAGAUUUGAAACCAUGUUUACUUAUUAUACCUGAUGAUGAAACAAUUUCAUCAUCAAAUCGUCCAACACGUUUCUAUAUUCAAUAUACAUAUGAAUAUGAUUCAACAUCAAAUAUGAAUUUAAAUUCUACAAUGAUUUCACCAAGUCAAAAUACUAUUCGAUCAACACAACCACAAUUAAUAUCUCCAAAUCAUUAUCAAAAUAUUGCACUUCGAGAAGCACCUGUUUAUUUAUAUAAACAAGGUGAUCAUAAAAUUUAUUAUGAAAAUCUUGCUCAAUAUUUAUCUAUUGAACAAUCUUAUUUAUCAUCACGUACUGUUCGUCGUAUGUUAAAAUUUUCAUCUCGAGAUGAAUAUUUUGCUUAUUUAUGUAAGAAAAUGUCAACUAUACAUGCUGAACAACUUGUUCAAGAAAGUGAAAUAUCAUCUAAUAAAGAUGAAAAUAUUUAUCUUAUGAAAUAUAAUAAUGAACAAAGAUCAAGAUCACAAGAUACAUUAUAUAAUAUACAAAAUGGUCGAUCACCACAAUCAAUUAAUGGUACAGGCGUUCAAAGUAUAAUAACAUCAGAAAAAAAUGUAACAUUACCUCGAAGUUCUACUUUAUCAGGACAGAGUAAUGAUGGAGAAAGUGAAAGUCGUACGACUGUUUCGCGUAGUGCUAGUGCUGUUGCAAAAGUGAUGACAAGUCAAUCGGAUACAAUAAAAUCAACUACGUCAUCAUCAGGCCCUUCAAGUCGAGAGGUUUCACCAAAUCGUACAAGUGGUAGUAAAGGUACAACAGAAGAAGAAGUAAAAAAGGAGAAAAAAUCUAAAUUUCGAACACCAUCAUUUCUUCGAAAACGUAAAGAAAAAAAAGAAGCUGCAAGCAAAGAUAAAUCAGAAAAAUGA